AAGUUUUAUUCCAUUGUUCCUUGACUUUAAUGAUAACUUUCAAAUAUAAAAUUUCAUAUAAAAUUCUGCUGAAAAUAUUCAAUUUGCGCAAAUUCAACGUACAAUCCAUAUAAUCUAAAUUUAUUUUUGAUAAAAAUGGUGCACUUUCCUGUGUGUGAGCCGAAUUAUGAUUUACCACAAACGCUUAGCGCCAUUUUCGAAACCGAAUCGGAUGUAGUGGAGACCGAGCAGGACAAAUUAGAUCAAGCCAGUAAACUACAAAGUGCCGAAUAUGAAACCGAUUAUUACAGAGUGCUCCCAUUGUUGUCCUUCAAGAAUGAUCAUCGCGAAAAGGUUUUGUCAUUGAAGGAAAAUGAAUAUUUGCGUUUACGAUGGCAAAAGUUCUUAACCAAAAUACCAAAACAUUACAUACGCAUUCGGCUUUAUAGCGACCAACAAAAAAUACCGAUUACCCCACGACGUUUAGUACUGAACGGUUGUUUUUAUGGUGUAGAUAACAAGUUGUCACCGGUGCCGAUUAUUCCCGAUCCGAGAAUGUAUGAGAAAAUCACUUCCAAAAAUAUAGACAAUGGACAAGGCAAAGAAGUAAAGACGAGAGAUAAAAGUCGGCGUCCUUCAUAAGAAAAGUGGAUGACAUAAAAAACAAGAAAAUAAAAAUUGUUGUUAUUAUUUUAUUUCCAUGUCUAUAAAUGCACAUAAAAUUCUUGAUCUUUAAGAUGUUUAUUUAUCUUACAUAUGACAAACUAACUGAUCAUGGUGAUCCCAAUAUUCACGGGAAUAUAAUUAUAUACUACUGUGAUCAAAUUGAAA